GAAGCCAAUCAGCGUCGCCGCGGUUCGGCUUUAAAGUCCCCGCCCAGCGGCCGGGACGCAGACUCUCCAGAGCUGCAGGAUGGGGGUGAUGGCGCCGCGAACGCUGCUGCUGCUGCUCUCGGGGGCCCUGGCGCUGACCCAGACCAGGGCGGGCUCCCACUCCAUGUGGUAUUCGAAACCGCCACGUCCCGGCCCGGCCGCGGGGAGCCCCCGGCACAUAGAAGUGGGCUACGUGGACGACACGCAGUUCGUGCGCUUCGACAGCGACGCCGAGAAUCCCAGGAUGGAGCCGCGGGCGCCCUGGAUGGAGAAGGUGGGGCCCGAGUAUUGGGAACUGAACACGCAGAAUGCCAAGGGCCACGCGCAGACUCACCGAGUGAACCUGGACACCGCGCUCCGCUACUACAACCAGAGCGAGGGCGGCUCUCACACCUUCCAGACGAUGUAUGGCUGCGACGUGGGGCCAGACGGACGCCUCCUCCGCGGGUACCGGCAGUUCGCCUACGAUGGCGCGGAUUACAUCGCCCUGAACGAGGACCUGCGCUCCUGGACCGCGGCGGACGUGGCGGCUCAGAUCACCCAGCGCAAGUGGGAGGCGGCUGGUGUCGCGGAGGGCGAGAGGGCCUACCUGGAGGGCACCUGUGUGGAGUGGCUCGCCAGAUACCUGGAGAACGGGAAGGAGACGCUGCAGCGCGCGGACCCCCCAAAGACACAGGUGACUCACCACACUAGCCCUGAAGGACACAUCACUCUGAGGUGCUGGGCCCUGGGCUUCUACCCUAAGGAGAUCACCCUGAUAUGGCAACGAGAUGGGGAGGACCUGACCCAGGACAUGGAACUUGUGGAGACCAGGCCUGCAGGGGAUGGAAACUUCCAGAAAUGGGCAGCUGUGGUGGUGCCUGCUGGAGAGGAACAGAGAUACACGUGCCAUGUGCAUCAUGAGGGGCUGCCUGAGCCCCUGGCCCUGAGAUGGGAGCCACCCACUUGGUCCACCAUCCCCACUGUGGUAAUUGUUGCUGGAAUCCUUGCUGGAAUCCUUGCUGUCAUUGGAGCUGUGUUCGCUUUUGUCUUGUGGAAGAAUAAGAAAAACAGAGGUGUAAAAAAAGGGACCUAUGCACCAGCUGCCUGUAAUGACAAUGCCCAGGGCUCUGAUGUGUCUCUGACUGCUUAAAAAGUUGAGACAGCAGCCUUCUGUGGGACUGAGCACCACAGAAAUAAUUCAGUUCUCUUCCUGCUCCCCACUGUGACUUCAAGAGAUCCCGACUUCUCUGCACAGCUGGCAUCUAACUGUGUCUAUGUGCCUGUGUUCCUGUCAUCAUCAUGUGAGGAAAUGGAGAGAGGAGCACAUCCCUGAUCACCAAGCUCCCUCCCCACACUGUCUGUUCCCUUCCUGAAUCAGCUUUCCUCUGUAGCAGAUAUGAGGCUGGAUGUCUUCAGUCCUGAUUUAGAUUUAUGUUGCUCUGGGCUGUAGCUUCUUUCUUACCUAUUAAAAAACAGAAUCUGGAUAUUGUUUUGUAUUUCAAAUUUGUGGCCUGAAGUGUGCUUGACGGUUAAUUAAAUGACAAGAGAAUUUCUAAAAUUUCUGAGAGAAAAUAAACCUGAAACCUUCCAGGA